CCUUGCAAAUUCUCCUCUGUGGCUCCCCAUUGCCACAGCCCUGGUAAGAUUGACCCCUGACCCCUAGCCCAAGUGGGGCAUAAGAGGAAUGAAGUUGAUUUCUCCCUGGCCUGAGUUCAGGGACCCUGCAGCCUCCGGGCUCUGGUUUACAAGCCAGCAGGUGAAGCCCUUGGGCCAGGGAGCGUUGCUUCUGCGUCCACCCGAAACCCAGAACCGCAUGAAUGCACAUGUUUGCUUGCUUCCCCCAGAAUCGGAGGAUUUCAUUGUCCUGGCCUUGUAUGACUACGAAGCCAUUCACAGGGAGGACCUGAGUUUUCAGAAAGGCGACCACCUUAAGAUCCUGGAGCAGUCGGGAGAGUGGUGGCGAGCAAAGGCCCUGUCGACGGGGAAAGUGGGCUACAUUCCCAGCAAUUACGUGGCCAAGGUCAACUCACUGGAGACGGAAGAGUGGUUUCUGAGAGGCGUCAGCCGGAAGGACUCCGAGCGUCAGUUGCUGGCUCCAGGAAACUUUAUCGGGUCGUUCAUGAUCCGAGACAGUGAGACAACCAAAGGGAGUUACUCCCUCUCCAUAAGAGACUUUGAUUCCCACAACAAAGUGGAUGUGGUGAAACACUACAAGAUUCGGACCCUGGACAGCGGGGGAUUCUACAUCUCCCCACAGAACACCUUCAGGACUCUGCAGGAGCUGGUCAGCCAUUACAAAGGCCAAGCCGAUGGGUUGUGCCAGAAGCUGACCCACCCCUGCGUUUUGCCGAAGCCCGAGAAACCCUGGGAGAAGGAUGCGUGGGAGAUCCCCCGGAGCUCCCUGAAGCUGGAGAAGAGGCUGGGGGCUGGGCAGUUCGGAGAAGUCUGGAUGGCCACCUACAACACACAUACAAAAGUGGCUGUGAAAACCAUGAAGCCCGGGAGCAUGUCGGUGGAGGCCUUCCUGGAAGAGGCCAACAUCAUGAAGACGUUGCAGCAUGACAAGCUGGUCCGGCUGCACGCCGUGGUGACCAAGGAAGAACCCAUUUACAUCAUCACCGAAUUCAUGGAGAAAGGCAGCUUGCUGGAUUUCCUAAAAAGCGAUGAAGGGCACAAGCAGCUGUUCCCCAAGCUGAUCGACUUCUCUGCCCAGGUGGCAGAAGGCAUGGCAUUCAUUGAGCAGAGGAACUACAUCCAUCGUGACCUGAGAGCUGCCAACAUCUUGGUAUCGGCCAUCCUGGUGUGCAAGAUUGCAGAUUUUGGCUUGGCCAGAGUGAUAGAUGACAAUGAAUACACCGCCCGGGAAGGCUCCAAGUUUCCCAUCAAGUGGACUGCUCCCGAAGCCAUCAACUAUGGGUCCUUCACAAUAAAGUCCGACGUCUGGUCCUUUGGGAUCCUGCUGAUGGAGAUCAUCACCUACGGGCGGACACCAUAUCCAGGGAGAUCAAAUCUGGAAGUGAUGCGCGCCCUCGAGCGUGGCUACCGGAUGCCGUGCCCAGAAGACUGCCCGCAGGAGCUCUACGAAAUCAUGAUGCGGUGCUGGAAGGAGAAGCCGGAGGACCGCCCCACGUUUGAGUACAUCCAGAGCAUCCUUGAGGAUUUCUUCACCGGCACGGAGAAGCAGUACCAACAGCAGCCUUAGAAGGGAUGGGUGGCCAGACGGGAGUUGCCAGCGUGCUGCACAGCGAGGCUGCCGAGGGCGAAGGCUUUGGGGGG